CCAUGGCAACAGAGACAGGCUCUAGCCUGAAUUCCGGAAGCCGGAGAGCUGGAGCGUGGAAACUACCCGGUCAAAGGAUGCUGAGUCCCGAGCGCCUAGCUCUACCGGACUACGAGUAUCUGGCUCAGCGACAUGUGCUUACCUACAUGGAGGAUGCAGUGUGCCAGCUGCUGGAGCACAGGGAGGACAUUAGCCAGUAUGGCAUUGCCCGGUUCUUCACUGAAUAUUUUAACAGUGUAUGCCAAGGAACGCACAUUCUCUUCCGGGAAUUCAGCUUUAUCCAAGCAACACCUCACAAUCGGGCAUCAUUUCUACGGGCCUUCUGGAGAUGCUUUCGAACCGUAGGCAAAAACGGUGACUUGCUGACCAUGAGGGAGUACCACUGUCUGCUGCAGCUUCUGUGCCCAGAUUUCCCACUGGAACUUACUCAGAAAGCAGCCAGGAUCGUGCUCAUGGAUGAUGCUAUGGACUGCUUGAUGUCUUUUUCAGAUUUCCUUUUUGCUUUCCAGAUCCAGUUUUAUUAUUCAGAAUUUCUGGACAGUGUGGCUGCCAUCUAUCAGGACUUGCUGUCGGGGAAGAACCCCAACACAGUGAUUGUGCCAACGUCAUCCAGUGGGCAGCACCGUCAGCGGCCUGCCUUGGGUGACCCUGGUGUGCUGGACGGGGUGGAGGCCUCGCUCUUCUACCAGCGCCUGGAGAACCUGUGUGACCGGCACAAGUACAGCUGCCCACCCCCAGCGCUUGUAAAAGAGAUCCUGAGCAAUGUCCAGAGGCUGACUUUCUAUGGCUUCCUUGUGGCCCUCUCAAAGCAUCAUGGAAUCAACCAGACGCUGGGAGCUUUGCCCGACAAAGGAGACUUGAUGCAUGACCCCGCCAUGGACGAGGAGCUGGAACGGCUGCUGGUCCAGGUCCCAGGCCUGGUCAACUCCAUCACUGCCACUUCUGAGGCCAGCUGCCUGCCUUCCCGAACCCCUCCCCGGGUUGGUUCCCCAUGGAAACCCCUCCAUCGCUCCCGCAAAUUGGAUGCAGAGAGCGAUGGCUCCACCGAAGAGACAGACGAGUCUGAGACUUGAAUCUGAAGGCCCAUCUGUGGCCUGUACCUUGCUCCACCCUGCUCUUGCUGCCCUCACCAGACUUCUCCAGUACCACUGUGCCGCCCUCUGCUGGAGAGAAGCGCAAAUAACAGUCCUGCAGUCAUUAGAUCAGAGAUCCCAGAAAUCCCGUAACUCAUGCUCUCAGCUUUUGACAACCUGUUGGGCCCUAAACUGAAUAUUGUACCAAGGCCACUUCAACUCUGGGGAGGGUAUUGGCUUUCGCCUUUUGUUGACAGUGCUGCUUAUGCUUUAAGUACAGUGUCUUUUCAGCCAGCCAUGAUCCUCCUAGUGAGGGUCAUUUUUCACAACUCCCGUAAGAGGAACACAAAUUGCUAACACUGGGUUUUCAUGGUCAAGGGUGACUCCUGAGAGCAUGUGCUAGGAAGACAUAUCAACUGUGGCCUCCUGCUGGAGAAAUCAGCCACUAGCUGGAGUAAGAGGGAGGAUGGGCAAGAAUUUCACUUUCAAAAUCGGCUUCAAGUUUGUAUCAAAUAGUCCAAUCUGUGAAAUGAAUAAAGUCCCUUGUCUCUGGUAAGCAAUGGGUCUAAAGCCGGCAGGCUACAGGGAGGGAAGGGCAAGUGUGACGUGGGUGCUUUUUUUGACGGGAUGGGAGGUGGAGCCAGGGGCCAUUCCAGCUUGGAGACCUGCCUCAGUUGACAGAGGACCUGGCCCUCAUGCAGAUGAGGGCAGCCUUCAAAGCCCUCAGCAACACCUCAGGGUGCUCAGUGAGUUCUCACUACCUGGGAGUCCCUGGUCACAAGCUGAAGAGCCUUUUCACCAGGGUUUCAUUAACCUCCCCGGUCAGGGCAGUAUUGCAGAUAUGCACAAAGCAGGUUUGGAGCAGAGGCUGGAAAAGUGAACAGGUGAUCUUCAUCUCUCUCGAAUGAGGUAGACUGUCCACAAAAUAAAAUUCAUGCAGGCUGCCUGCCCCAAGUAAGACCAAUGUCAUCACUUACUGUACAAAUAACUUUCCUCCAAUCCUUCCUAACAAGACCCACCCAGUGGACAAUUACAAGUGGCUUCCAAGGGGCUGGAGAGAUGGCUCAGAGGUUAAGAGCACUGACUGUUCUUACAGAGCUUCUGAGUUCAAUUCCCAGCAACCACAUGGUGGCUCCCAACCAUCUGUAAUGAGAUCUGGCGCCCUCUUCUGCCCUGUGGGGACACAUGCAGGCAGAAUGCCGUAUUCAUAAUUAAUAAAUAAAUCUUUAAAAAAAAAAAAAGUGGCUUCCAAAAAGCCCUGCAGUGCCAAGCAUCUGAGUGAGCCCCUGAAAGGUUUCUCAAAUUCUGAUGUGUACCAGACACAAGGAAACUUGGGACAGUGACAGUUGCCAAGUUGGAGUCCUACUGUACCAAUGUGGGGUUAGAAACAAAAAUCUGUAUUUCACCAACAUCUCACAUGAUCCCAAAGCACUGGAAAUGACUGGCUUAGACAUCAUGGCUCCCUUCACCUCUCCUUCCUAAUCCCAUUGCCCACAGUGGUUUGUAGCUGUACUGUGCUGAGCAGUCCCAAGGACAAAGUGACCCUGUAAGAAAAGGGUUGACACACACAGCAUCUCUAACUUUUCCAAAGUCUGAAUCUUUAAAAUGCUUCUUCAGGCCAGGCAUUUUAGUGCAUUGCCUGUCAUUCCAGCACCAGAGCCAAGACAGGAGGAUUGCGAGUACAAGGCCAAUCUGGGCUAUGGAGACACUGCCUAAAACCAAAACCAGCUCCAUUGAGAAACAGGUCCCAGUCUGCCUCCUGUGAUGAGGAUGUAGACAAACUAU